CACAUUUUUAGGUGAUAGUGAGAUUACCCAGCAAUGAGAAAUUAAUGUUAGAAACAGCAGUGUACGAUGCUGGCUAAGAAAUCUCAUCUCAAGAACACCGUUCUGCCUUGCCAAGACCAGUAUUUUGCAGGAGACCAGAGCUAUAAUUGCCCGUAUUCCACUACAACUUCAGAAACUAGUGUUGACGUUUCCACGGAGACUUGGGUCUCUUUCUGGGCUGCUGGUCUCCUGGACAACAGUGAGCCCCAACAAGCACCACAAGGACAGGGGUCAUCUUCUAAUUUGAGUUUUCCUAUUCUGGACUCGUGUUCCUGAGAGGCUCAGCUUUCUUCACAGCUGUACAGAAAUAAGCAGCUCCAAGAUACUCUGGUACAGAAGGAAGAAGAACUUGCUAGGCUACAUGAAGCGAAUAAUCACCUCAGACAAUACCUGAAUUCUACUUUGGUUAAAUGUCUUGAAGAAAAGGCCAAGAAAUUGCUGUCAUCAGAUGAAUUCUCCAAAGUGUAUGGAAAAUUCAGAAAGGGGAAGAGGAAACGCAAAGAGCAGGGGAUACUCUGUUGCUGAGAUCCCCAUUCCCAAAAUGCCAAGAGAAACUUCUCUAGUGAAUUUGCUAACUGUGAACAACCUGGGCCUCCUGUUGAUCCCUGGGUGCUUCAAACACUUGGAUUGAAAGACCUCAACACCAUUGAUGACACCUCAUCAGCUAACUACAGUGCCCUCUCCUCCCAUCCCAGAAGAGCCAUCAGCACAUACUCACAGUUUCCGGGUGAUGCCAUUAAUUGAAAUGUCCCCAGAGAGGAUAUGCCAAUCAACUAUGGAGGCGAAAGAACAACCCCCUUGCACAGCACUGCCAGCCAUGAAGACUUCCACUACUUUUCUCAGCUUUCAAAUCCCUCAACAGGGGUGCAAACGCUUCCUUAUCAUCUUGCUGAUGUGUCACCCAACAAGACAGAGAUGGCAUUUUCCACCUCCCUGAGUCCUCACUGUAAUGUUAAAACUCAUUCCUUCCACCAAGGACAAGCUUUGUGCGCCGAGAUGAAAAAAGGAGGCUGGAAGUUUACCUGGGUCCCUAAGCAGCCUUAGUGACCCUCUUGUAUCACAGAGCACUGCCAGCAACUCUGUUUACAAAGACCUCUCUUGCACUUGAAUCUCACUGUGUGGAACACAGAAGCUAUUCCCCAGACCGUCUUUGGCCACUUUAAAUGUUACUCUCAGCUACUACUAAAAUUCGCAGGGAGUAGCUUCCAGGAAUCCAUGUGAGAGGCAUCUGCUCUCCUUCACCAGAACUUGACUAGUUUGCACACCAAGGUCUGCUGUCAACUACUUCUCUUUGCUUUUUACUUGCAAAGGUGUUUCUCCAAUCUUUUGUAGGCUUCUUCAAGACCUAGAUUUACUUUCUUGUCAUGACCAGAUUUAACAGCUUUUCU